UCUCUUGUCAGUUGUCGGCAGUCUUUUUUUAAUUAAUUCCGUAAUGAAUGGGCUAAGGUCAAAAUCACGCUGCCAAUCUAUAAAUGGUUAAAAAAAUUGAAGGUUUGUUAAAAAAAUAUGUGACAAUUGACAUUCUGAUUGACAUUUCGAAGUCGAGGUUGAUAGUUUAUUGGUCUCUGCUACUGUUGUUCUAAGGUACAAUGGCUAAUGAUAGAGAGGUACUAAGAGAAAUAUGGGAUGGAAAAUUACCCAUUUGUUUUCAACUUGCACAAGAAGAAAUUAUGGAAAUUCAACAACCCGAUCCAUUCUAUGUGAUGGUACCAAGAUUAAGUUAUUUUCCACUUGUAACUGAUAAGAUGAAGAGACAUUUUCUACGAUACAUAUCUCAAGAAAAUGCUGACAGUGAGAUGUGGUUAGACUAUAAUGGGCAACCACUAAAAUGGCAUUACCCCAUAGGCUUUCUGUAUGACCUGUGCUGCGGUAAUGAUCCACAGCUACCUUGGACCCUCACUGUACAUUUUACCAAAUUUCCAGAAGACAUCCUUCUUCAUUGUCCUAACAAAGAUGUUGUUGAAGCCCACUAUAUGUCGACAGUUAAAGAAGCAGAUGUGCUAAAGCACAGGGGACAAGUCAUGUCAACUAUGCAAAAGAAAGAUCAUAACCAAUUGUGGUUAGGCUUGCAAAAUGACAAGUUUGAUCAAUUCUGGGCUAUAAAUAGAAGAUUAAUGGAGUCUCAUGGAGAAAAUGAAGGUUUUAAACACAUUCCAGUAAAAAUAUAUUCAGAUGAUGGUCUAUGCAGCCAAAGGCUAGUCAGUCCUAAAAACAAUGAUGGCAGUAGAAAAACUCUUCAACAAAUGACUUCUGAGCUUUACCCUGAUAAAACUGAUGUGAAAUUGAGAACACAUGGUGUAAUAAUUCCUGCAGAAACCCCUCUUCAAUGGUUAUCAGAACAUUUGAGUUACCCAGACAAUUUCUUACACUUGUGCUUGUGCUAGUGGCUGCUACCAUCUAAAGAAAGAUUGUGCAUACAAAUAUACAGAAACAUUAUUGUUCACAAUACAUUGACUGGCACACUAGUUUUUUUUGUUACGCGUAUUUUCUAUACUAUACAUGUUAUGCCUGGCAUAUAUGCAGCAUGGUAUUGUACAAUUAUUUAAAGAAGUAGUGAUUGUGUUAACCAGUCGUCAAAUUGAUUAAGAAUAACAUGAUGUAAUCUAUGUGCUUGUAUAUUCAUUUCAAGCUUCUACUUUGUAUGCACAUUCUCUAAAGUCUAGUCGAUUAUUGUAUACUAUGCAAACCAUAAACUGUAAAUUUAUAUGGAUUUAAAUAUAUAAAUGACAACACUAGCAUUCCGUAAAAAA